AUGCGAGAAAAGUCAUCAAAAUGUCGCACUCACUUGAAUUAUGUGAGGGGCACAACAGAAAUGUGCUCACGUGAUCCUCCUGUCCUCCACCCUGCCCUUACUAAGGCUAAUGGUAAAAGUUCCAGUCCCCAAUCAAGUUUUCUUGGUGAAUCUCGAAGUGAAGGUGGUUUACUUCCAACUCCUGGUGGUAGACUUAAAUUUUUUAAAGACGGAAAGUUUAUUUUAGAACUAUCCCAUCGGCGUGAUGGAGAAAGAACUACAUGGUUUCCAGUUCCUAAGAAGACGUUUUGGCCUCCAGCUAGCACGACACCCAACAAGCAAGAGAUCAAUUUUCUCAGCGAUGAUAAUUCUUCUAUACAAUCGAGCCCAUGGCAAAGAGACCAUUGUUGGAAACAAAGUUGUCCCAGGAGAUCUACCUCUACAGAGUUUGAUUUUUACUACAGGCGAGAUCCUCGAACUCAUUUGCUUGCAUCGUCUCAUUUCCUUGUUCGGAAAUAUCGACGUCCCUUGGAUCCAACACCGUUGCAGUUUACUAUAAAAUUAAAUGCAACUCGUUCGAAAUCUAUCAAAAUAAAAAAUACAGAUGUGACAGGAAAAUCUUUAAGCCUUAUUAUCGAUAAAUUGUCUCGUUUGGAUCCAAAUGUAGUUUCACCUAGAAAACGAAUUUUGCGAGAACUAGAAAAAGUUACACUAGAAGAUCAAGCUUCUAAAAGACGUGCGAAGCCACAGCCAAUUACAUUAUCAACUACGAUAAUUCCUACGACGACAAAUGCGAAUAUACCUUCAUCUAAGCAACUUUCAUCGUAUAGUAUAACAAGUAUUCUAGGAGAAAACAAACCAAAUCCUGAAUCGGGGUUUUUAAGAAAUUUACUGAAGUUAGAUGAUGGGCAUACUUUUAAUUACAUAACAAGUAAUUUUCACCCACGAACUAGAGUUGAUCCAUUGAGUGGAUCUGCAAAUACAUCAGUUCAUCAUCCGUUGUAUGGAGUUCCAGUGCUUCCUCCUGGUACAUACAGGGCACCAGGACUAUGGAUGCAUUAUCCCCCACCCGUACAUUAUUCACCUCGAAUUCACCCCACAUAUUUGCCACCACCACUUCAUUCAUCUUCCCCUCCUGUUCAUCAUUAUAAAGAAUACAGAGAACAAACACUUACAUCUCCAUCAGGUAGAUAUGCCCUUAAAUUUAUCAAAGCAUGCAGGUUAAAACUCAGGAUCCUAAAAAAUCGGUGCCUUAGUGAUGAGCUAACUUAG